GCUCCCCAGUUUCGACCCUCCUUUCCUUCCCCCCUCCUCUUUGGAGGGCCUGCCCAAAGUCCCCCUCUUUCGCUCUUUCUCCGCAGUCAGUAGUCAGCUUCCCUAGAUAACCCACCCAAAAACAGCAGUGAAACACCUCCACAGACACACACAGACACACCCACACACACAAAAACAGCUGAUUCGGAGUUGGGAUUUCUCCAGUUUUUCAAAUGGGUAGUCAAUUUAGCAAAACCAAGGGACAGAGCACGCUCACCCCACCGCAUCGACAGGGCAGCAACUCCAGUCACAGCAACCAUAGUAGUAGUAAUGGGGAAAAAGCUGAGGAUGUCGCCUCCGAAGCUGAUCUGAGCUCCUACGAAGCCGCCUGCCAAGCCGAUCCACAGCUCCGGUCUUUAGACGCCACUCUCCAGGAACGCACCAGCCGAGCCAUCAACUCCAUAGCGGUAGGCCUCGACUUCAGGGCCCUCUCCCUCGACUCCCUCCGGGAAGUCACCGAAUGCUUGCUGGAAAUGAAUCAAGAAGUAGUCAACGUCAUCCUCCAAUGCAAGAAAGAUAUCUGGAAAGACCAAGACUUAUACGAUCUGGUCAACGAUUACUUCGAGAAUAGCCUUCAAAGUUUGGACUUUUGUACUGCCCUCGAAGCUUGCCUCAAGCGUGCCCUCCAUACCCAAUCCAUUGUUCUCCUCGCCUUGCAGAAAUUCGAGGAGGAACAUGAAAAUGCCCAAGCCCAUUCCCAAGAAGAAUCCGUCAAUCCUUAUCCGAAAACCUUACAGGAGUUGUCCAAUUUUAAGGCCACCGGCGACCCUUUUACUCAGGAGUUCUUUUCCUUGUUUCAAGAUGUUUAUAAGCAGCAAGUUUUGAUGUUAGAGAAACUGCAAGCUAAAAAGAGGAAGCUUGACAAGAAAUUGAAGUCAAUGAAGGGUUGGAGGAAGGUGUCUAAUGUUAUUUUCAUAGCAGCUUUUGUGUCUGUUUUGAUUUGCUCCGUCGUGGCUGCGGCCGUCACGGCUCCGCCGGUGGUGACGGCAUUGGCUGCGGCAGCAGCGGUGCCAUUGGGGUCGAUGGGUAAAUGGUUGAAUUCUAUUUGGAGUAAGUGCGAGAGGGAUUUGAAAGGGCAGAGGGAGGUUAUUUGCUCGAUGCAGAUUGGGAAUUACGUAGUGAUUAAGGACUUGGAUAGCAUUAGGGUGCUUGUGGAUAAGCUGCAGAUUGAGAUUGAGGCAUUGCUGCAGACAGCUGAUUUUGCCAUGAGGGAAGAUGAGGCUGUGGUGAUCGCCGUGACUGAGAUAAAGAAGAAGGUGAAUGGGUUUAUGAAAACCAUUCAGGAUUUGAAUGAUCAUGCUGACAAGUGUAGCAGGGAUAUUAGGAGAGCGAGGGCAGUGAUUUUGAGGAGGAUUAUCAAUUAUCCCAGUGGCUCAGAUCAGAGCAACGGUAUGCCGUUUUUGUCAUGACUGUGUUAUGUUGACUGUCAGUUCCAUUCAACUCGUGAACUCUGUAAAGUAUUUUGCUGAUAUGCACAUUGGGUCUAUAAUUUUUUUUUCGAACCCAGUAUCAAUAAUGAUAAAAAAUCAUUAAUCUUCCACAGUUGAGGAUACCUAGCAGUUUACAUUUUUUUUCAAACAUGUUCUAUUUCUUAUCAGAGCUUAUGGACGUUAGUAGCUU